GGAGUAGGUCGGAGCAAAGAGCGACCAAGCCAAAUGGGGCCUGUCCACACCUUAGUGUCUUCUGCGCGCGCGGUUGCUUAGAAAGUGAGUGGAUCCCAUCGCGUGCUGACCAACACCAGUGGCGUCCGCGAAACAGCGCAACAAUGACUUGGACGUCUGACAAUUCCGAGGGUGCGUUAAUUGCCUGACAUGUGUGUAUAUAAGUUGAAGGAGUAUGCCAGUCUCAUGUCGAUUGCACGAAGGCCCAGGCCACUGAAUUUCGGUAUUCCUUGUAUCUUCAAAACUAGACACCCGCAGCUGGUAAGACGCUGCAUACCUUAAUCAAAGCAUACAGAGUGGCCAUGGCAGCCAAUACUCCGCUCUAUACCUACAUCUCCCCUCGCGAGGGGUACGAAAGUGCCCCCCCGCUGCCAGCUGAGCUCAACGAGGAUGGCAAGAGCUUCAGAAACCCACCACGAGAGGGGUUGAGCAAGACGUAUGAGGAGUUUCCAGCUCCCCUAGACACUGGGAGACAAGGUGGCUUUGACGUCCACAUCUACCAUUUUCAAGGCAACCCAGAACAAGUAAAGCAUGCCAGAGACCUCUGGGAACGCAUUCGGAGGGAAUUCCCAGAGCUAAGAAUCUACCGAUUCUGGGAACAGCCAAUUGGCCCCCACCCCGUGGCUAUGUUUGAAGUCAACAUCUUCACGCCAGCACAGUUUGGUGCAUUCAUACCAUGGUUGACCAUAUAUCGAGGCCCUCUUUCCGUUCUUGUUCAUCCCAACACAGUCGAGGAAGGCGUUGACCAUAAUGCCACGGAACUCCGUAAUCACACACAAAGAGCUACGUGGAUGGGCGAAAGGUUGCCGCUGGACACCACUAUUUUCUACCGCAGUAAAAACUAGCCUCGCAGAAAGGAUAGCGUAUAGUAGUGAUCACUUAAUCACCGUGUCAUUUCGUAAUACUUACCUUGUCUUAUGUAUCACCUCGUGAACUAUGAAGUGACCCAGUAACUUCAAGAUGGCACAGUUGUCGAGAAAUUAGCAUGGUUGAUAGGCAACGGUCUAAAGUCACGUGG